CAGGAGGACCAAGACCUUGCUAUCUUUCGAUUGUUUAUAAGCCCAAGUGUGUACCACGGAGAAUACUCAUAGCCUUGCAACAAACGCGGGUUGCGUGGAAGCUCGCGCGCUCUCUCUAGUAGCUAGUACGCACGAUCACGUGACAAUCCAGCUUGGGGGCCGGGCGGAGUGGUCCCUUGAGCAAAGAUGGCUCUAGUUGAUGGCUCCAGCUGGUAUUUGCUGCUGGUACUCUUUGUCUACCCAGCAGUUACGAAGAUCGACAACUGCCCCGCAGAAUACCUUACCGUAGCCCCAUAUUUCAACACUGGAUAUUCCAGCGUCUAUUUGAAGUUUGAAGAAGCUCUCAUAAAAAAUAAGGAUGCCCUGGAGGAGUUGAGGGCGUCGUUCAUAAGCCCAGAUAUUAGCUCGGUGGUUUUCGAAUUGAACAUAGAAGUUAAAAACUUGACUAGCACCGCAGGUUGUGGAGUUUAUGAUGGCUACCCUGCUUUUUGUCGAUCAGACGCAGGUUGGGUUCUCUGUGAAGAUUGUUUGCCUCAGGGGACGACAUUUUUUCAAUUUAGAUAUAUACCACACAUUCACGAUAAGUUGAAGACGGAGAAGAAUAAGCAAACAAUCACUCAGUCAAUUGCAGUUCUUUCUCUUAUACAUGGGAGUCUGCUCUCAAUAUAUGUGCCUUACUAUUAUCUUCCCAGUUAUCCAUUCGAAAGUCAAAAUGAAAUAUUUACUCUGAGGUUGGAAGCAGCUAAUUGGACUUGCAACCCAUCUUGUCUUUUAACAAAAUGUGUCAUGUCAGAGCUAUUGAGCUGGAUCAAAGUAUACUCAUUUUCUGAAUCAGACGCAACCACAGACUGGACCCCCGAAUCAAAAAGGAACAGUAAACAUCAUGAAUGGUUAUUAUGACUACUAUUAUUUUGAUUUUGACGAUAGAAACUUUGUAGCCUCUAUGAACAAGGGUUUGACAUUUAUGACCCUAAAAGUGACUGAAAGCCUAGUUGCAUGGCUGGGUGUUGGAGAAUACAUGAUUUCAUCUCUGUCCCUAGCACUGGUGAUAGCAAAGUUCUUCCCAGCAGUUCACAACCAGAUAACUUCAAAAGCAACCAGACUCGAAUAUCAGAGCCUCUACUGGGGAACUGCUGUGGUCUCUAACAUUUUCGUUAAUACCCUUUUCUCAUGGGCAAUAAGAGGGUGGUCAAUAUCUGUAGCCAUGAAGAUUGGUUAUGAUACCAGCUCAUGAGUUUCCUGCUGCCCAUUCCA